GUGUCUAUUUCGCUGAUGUCCUGAGGGGCAGCAGCAAUUCCGUGUCUGUCUUUUAACAACUACAUUCAACUGUCAGAACAAUACCACUGAAAAUGACAAAUCGAUUUUCUGUCUUUUCGAUGACCUCCGGUCCUGGCGGUGCCAAGUCCUCAUCCCAAGUUUCUACGACGUCGUUACUUAAUGCCUUGCAUACAUCCUAUACGAGUGGCCAGCCUUAUCAGCUUGAAACCGGUACGAGUCUGGUAGUGAACACAUGGCUUACAGCCGUUAAUACCAAUCCGGAUGGCUCAUCGGGAGGGACUGUUGAUGCUGAGCUGGCUCGACGUGCUUGGGAACACUGUCGUCGACGAGCAGAGGAUAGUUGCAUUGUUUUAGGUUCACUGCACCGAUCUACCCCGUGCCUCCUUCCUGCCUUGCUCUCGGCUGUGCCUCUGUCUACUCCUGACGUACUAUACUCCGCGAUCAAUGCCAUUCGGCCUUUUGUUUCCGCCGUCACACCUUUCAACCCGUCUUACUCUCUAUACUCGUCGUUUGCCAUAUCGUAUACUUUCACUCUUACCGGAAACAUUACCGGAUUGACGCUUGCACUGUCAUCAUCAGGUAUUAAUGUCACCAGAGGACUCUUGGAUGUUCCCGCUGAGCCUGGCUAUCGCGCCUUUGAUGUAUUUUACUACCUACUCAAUGCCGCCUCUAGCAAUGCGGAGCGGGAUUACCUUGCUUUAAAAGACCCGUCUGCAUAUGCUAUCCUGAGCAAAUCAGGGACUUACAACCCCCCUUCUUUUCUUCCGACUGCUGAUGACGCUGCCGCUGCAGAGGACUUCCGAUCCGCUCUUAAAGCCAUUGGGAUCAAGGGUGCCGCACAAAGGGGUCUGAUUUCGGUUUUGGCCGGGCUACUCAAAUUAGGAAACACUCUGGGCUUUCUCGUUGAUCAGGAGGAUCUUGAAGAAGUCUGUGAGGAAGCUGCCGAACUUCUAGGAGUCGACCCUGAAAUUCUAUUGCAUAACUGCACAACAGAUGACCGUCAAGUUUUCGUCUCGGGAGUCUAUGAGGCACUAGUCGACUGGGUCAUCCAGAAAGCCAAUGAGGCGAUAGCAAAUCAACUUCGAAACGACCAGGAGAAUACAUCGAGCGAUGGUUCAGGUCCCCAAUGGAACAAUGAUGACAAUUCUGAUACUGUGACUUUGACCAUUAUUGAUAUUCCCAGCCCGCCUCUCGGCAAAGCGGUUGCACUACGCGGUAUUUUUGACGACAACGUCGGUAUCAAUGCUGAAAUGAAAGAAGACGGGUUAGAAUUUGCCAGCCCUGGCCAGUCAGUUCUUAACGAGAUGAAUACUGCCGUUGCUGAGGUAGAAGGUGAUUUUGGCAUCACUGGUGGUGCAGCUUUCAGAGAACGUUCAUUAUUUCUUGAUAAGAGACAGACAGUUCUGGAAAAGGUCGGUGUGGAGGUUGAAAUGGGUGCCUUCCUUCGAGACCUCUUGUUUCCUGUCGAGAGUCAGGGCAUCACACUUGGUAAACGGGGCCGCUUCGAUCUUCCAACAACAUUGGGUAGCAGCAGAGUUUGGUAUCAUCUUGCAGUACACCCCACUGACGAUACCCCCGAUAGUAUGGCAGCAUUGCCCACCGUGACCUCCGCGUGGUCAGCAGGCGCUGUAUCCCGUCAAUUACGAGACUGGCGUUUGCCUGAGUGGGCAAAUCGCCGUCACAAACAACUUGAUUUUACCGCUGAUUUUGAUGUUGAGGAAUUUGUUACUCGAUACUCUCGUCUCGGUUGCAAAGAAGGAAAAGACGGUGUCGAGAGCUGGGUUCUUGAGCGAGGCUGGAGUAACGGCGAUGUCAUCGUCGGACAUGAGAGAAUCUGGAUGCGUGAAGGUGCAUGGUGGGAGGCAGAGACAAUGCUUGAUUUGAAACCUGAUGGAAACCCUUUCAUGGUAGUCAACCCUUUUGAAACUGGCUAUUCUGCUACUCCCCCUAAUCCGAAUGGGUCUGGCUUUUUCCCGCCUGUGCCUAUUGCUGAUUCCGGCAGUUUUGUCGCAAGUCGCGACAAUCUACUAAACAUUAACAGACAGAGUACGAUGUCUCCGGGUCUAGCUCGCUCAAUAGGGCCGGGCCAAACAUUACAUUCUUUUGGAGCUGCAGGCGACUAUGGGUUGGGUCCAAAAGGCGAUGAUCACAAAGCUGAUGACGCUUAUUACGAAGCUGAGUUGAAUCGUCUUGCUGGGAAUGACCCUGAGUAUGGUAAUCCCAAUCACAUUGAAAAGAAGCCAAUUACAUUUGGUCGGCGGUUAUGGGCUGGGUUCGUAUGGGCAGUCACCUUCUGGAUCCCAUCCUUCAUGCUUCGUUAUAUUGGUCGGAUGAAGCGCCCAGAUGUCCGAAUGGCUUGGCGUGAAAAGCUUGUACUCGUGCUACUUAUCCUAUUAUUCAACGGUAUUGUUGUCUUCUACAUCAUCGAAUUCGGUAACUUGCUGUGCCCCAACAAAGACAAAGUAUGGAAUCCACAAGAGCUUAGCUAUCAUACAGGCGACAAUGACUUCUAUGUUAGCGUGGCCGGCAAAGUAUACGACAUCAGCAAGUUCUGGAGACUGCAACAUAGUGACACAGCAAUCCAAACAAGUUCUGCAAACAUGCAGUGGGCUGCCGGCCAAAUUCUGGAUCCAUAUUUCCCUGUUCCUCUAACCGAAGCUUGUGGGAUGUUUGUGACUGAUACCUCCGUUGUAUUGUCGAACAACAACACAGCCGCCACUGAACAAUCAGAAGCUAUCCAUUGGAGUGGCAAUUUCAAGCAACCAGUCCAAAAAUCUGCACUGUACAAGUUUUCGUGGUACGAUCAACAAUUCUUACCUUUUCUUCAGCAAUAUUAUAAGGGAAACCUAGUCUACACCAGAGGCAAUAUUUCUGAUCAAGCAAAUUCGGAUCAGCGGUACUGGGUGAUCAUCAAUAAUGGGGUUUAUGAUUUGACAAAUUAUUUCUACAGCUUAGGGUUGGAGGACGGCCGAGACUCGUACAAUUUUCUCCCCAGUGCAGUCACAACCUUGGUCAAGCAAAAUGCAGGGUCGGAUAUCAGUAGCAAGUGGCAAGACUCGGCAAAUUUCACCAACGCACUCACUUGUAUGAAACACGCGUUCUAUGUUGGCGAAGUCGAUUUCAGAGAUACUCCAAAAUGUACAGUUAACAACUGGAUCUUGCUUUCAUUUACAAUUCUCAUCGGUGCUGUUAUUUUGGUCAAAUUCUUGGCGGCCCUUCAACUUGGCACCAAACGUCGUCCAGCCCCCCAAGACAAGUUCGUUAUUUGCCAAGUUCCAGCGUAUACUGAAGGUGAGGAUCAACUUCGGAAAGGCCUUGACUCCCUCACAGCUCUACAAUACGACAACAAACGCAAGCUUAUAUGUGUGAUCUGUGAUGGAAUGAUUGUUGGUGGCGGCAAUGAUAGGCCAACACCCAAAAUUGUACUUGAUAUUCUCGGUGUUGACCCCAAGAUCGAUCCUCCAGCACUACCUUUCAAGUCAGUUGGUGAAGGUAGUGAUCAGCUCAAUUAUGGUAAAGUCUAUUCUGGGUUAUAUGAGUUUGAAGGAAAUGUUGUCCCGUACGUUGUCAUCGUCAAAGUUGGCAAAGAAUCAGAGCAGGCCAAAUCCAAACCAGGAAACCGUGGAAAGCGUGAUUCUCAGGUCCUCAUCCUCAAUUUCCUCAAUCGCGUCCACCAUCGUGCGCCAAUGUCUCCGUUGGAGCUGGAAAUAUUCCAUCAAAUCAACAAUGUAAUCGGGGUUGAUCCUGAACUAUACGAAUAUGUAUUUAUGGUUGACGCCGAUACCAGUGUUAGGGAGGACUCAUUGAAUCGUCUCGUUGCUGCCUGUGCAACUGACGCUAAAAUUGCUGGUAUUUGUGGUGAAACUAGCCUGCAAAAUGAGGAACGAAGCUGGUGGACGAUGAUUCAAGUUUAUGAGUACUAUAUUUCCCAUCACUUGGCGAAGGCAUUUGAAUCUCUUUUUGGAAGUGUAACUUGUUUGCCCGGAUGUUUCUGCAUGUAUCGACUACGCACUGCUGACAAGGGUCGUCCUUUGAUUAUUUCUGAUAAGGUCCUCAAAGAAUAUUCCGAUGGAGAUAUUGAUACUUUGCAUAAGAAGAAUCUGCUUGCCCUUGGAGAGGAUCGUUUCCUUACGACACUGAUGACAAAACACUUUCCAACCAUGUCCUAUAAGUUCAUCCCCGAUGCUUAUGCCAGCACUGCUGCUCCAGAGACCUGGGGUGUGCUUCUCUCCCAGAGACGACGCUGGAUUAAUUCCACCGUUCACAACCUGGUUGAAUUAGCUGCAUUGAAAGACUUAUGUGGUUUCUGUUGCUUCAGUAUGCGGUUUGUUGUCCUGGUCGAUCUUUUAGGAACCAUCAUCCUCCCAGCAACUUGCGUUUAUCUGGGGUACAUGAUCUAUCUCAUGGCCAGUCACACAGGUCCAUUUCCACUCAUUUCGAUGGCCAUCUUGGCAGGUGUCUAUGGUUUACAAGCGAUUAUUUUCCUCAUCAAACGUCAAUGGCAACAUAUCGGCUGGAUGAUUAUAUACUUGUGUGCCUUCCCCAUCUACAGUUUCGUUUUGCCUCUAUAUUCCUUCUGGAAGCAAGAUGAUUUCACCUGGGGUAAUACCCGUGUUGUUAUUGGAGAGAAAGGCGAUCGACGGGUUGUUGCCGUGAAAGAUGAGCCAUUUGAUCCAAGGAGCAUUCCUCUUCAGCGAUGGGAUGAUUAUGCCUUGGCAAACAACCUACCGGGGCGACGUGGUCAAGCUGAAGCGGGUGACGAGAAGAACUACCCUGGUGUCUACGCGGAUGAAGUCGCCCUGGAAAUGGAUGAUUUGCAUUCUACUUAUUCAUCCGUUAAACCAACAUCGACCAUCUUGACUAGUUUCCCUAGUGGUCGUGGUCCAUACAUGCCUCCUCAGUCACCUGCACCUUUCGGCGGUAACAAUCGCAAUUCGCGUAUGUCCAGUUUUACUCGAUACACUGACGCACCACAACCCGGUACCCAGGGUCAGCGUCAUGUCUCAAUGGGUGGCCUCAGCAAUUAUCAAGAUAAUCCAAUGAACACAAGCCGGCUAAGCAUGCCUAUGAUGCAAAGCUCUGACAACCUUCUGGGAGCUCCUCAUCGGCAGCGUAGCCCUAUGGGUGGGUACGGCUCUCGUCCAGUUAGCACUGCCAUGGAUUUCCGAGGUGUUCCAGGGCAUGGGCCAGAUGACUCCACGAUCAUCGAUGCUAUCCGUCAGGUCCUUGGCGAAGUCGAUCUUGACAAUAUCACAAAGAAACAAGGUGUGUACCCUCCUCCUGCCUAAUAUCAUUCAUACUUACCCAUUAUUAGUGAGGGUCCUUGUCGAGCAACGUCUUCAAACCGAGUUAGCUGGCGACCGGCGUACAUUUGUUGACCGUCAAAUUGACCAGGAGCUCGCCAACAUGUGAGCUAUGGAACAACCUUGCCUUACAUUUUCCGUUCACCUAUCACAUUUUCCCUAACUGUAGCGGUCUCGUAAGAAGUUUUGCAAAAAUACGG